AUGCAGAGGUACGAUAAUCUGGGCAAUGGCUUGAUGAAGAGCCCUGAAGCAAUAUUGAAGAAGGCACAAGCAGAGAUUAGAGGUGCAGUUGGAAAUAAAGAUAUAGUAAACGAAGAUGAUAUUCAAAAGCUCCCUUGUCUCAAGGCAAUUGUCAAGGAGACCUUCAGAUUGUAUCCUUCAGCUCCACUUUCAGUUCCAAGACAGACACUAGCAAAUUGCAUUAUAAAUGGUCACGAAAUCCAGUCCAAUUCUAUAGUUUACACAAAUGUCUGGGGGAUUGGAAGAGAUCCCGAGUAUUGGGAAAAUCCAAAUGAGUUUUUGCCUGAGAGAUGCUUGAAUAGUAGUGUAGAUAUGAAAGGGAAAGACUUUCAAUUGAUACCAUUUGGAGCUGGCCGAAGGGGCUGCCCUGGAUAUUCUCUGGUACUAGCAAUGGUGGAAGUUGGACUUGCCAAUCUUCUGUACUCUUUUGACUGGGAAUUGCCUUUUGGGAUCAAGAAAGACGACAUUGAUACUCAAGUUUUACCAGGUCUUACAAUGCCUAAGAAAAAUGAUCUGCCACUUCCGGCAAAAAAUGUGUAUGCGUAG